AUGUUCCAAUACACAUCGGAAGUAAACAUCGAAGAAUCACUCUUUACAGGCCUUUAUGUAGUAAUUUCAAGAACUGAAGGAACUUCCGAUGCAUUGUACGACUGUACCCUAAAGUAUUUAAACUCCAACUAUGGUGUUUUAAAUGUAAAGAAAUUGUUGUCGACCUAUCUGCUUGACAAUGAAUUUUCACUUUCUGAGGAAAAGGUGUACUUUUCAAACAAGGUCAGACUUGGACCAACUGAGAUCUUAUGGGAGGUAGAUGAAAAGCUUUCAACACCAAGAGAAGAGCUCCUGAACAACUCAAAAUCGCUUUCGAUACUGAAGAAACAGAAUAUCCUAUCACAACUAACAGAUGAUUCUGUGAUUGAGGUCAGAUAUGUUUCUGAGGAGAAGUUUUCUCACACAUUUGUUCCAAGCCUUUUUUACUCAGGAAAUCUUCUAGCACUUUUGAUUCUAAACGACGAUAAUUCUCUAACACACUCUGACCUAAUUGACUUUUUUUACAAGCAAAAAGAAAUAUACGGAGAUAAACUGAAGGUCAAGUUUCAGUUUUUUCUAUCAAAGUCAGACUACAAGGUGAGAGAAGAAUUGGUGGAGUCAUUUGAUAAGUACGUAGUGAAAGAGAAUUUACAUAAGUAUAGAAAGGUUAAUAAUAUAUCAGAUGAUCUAGAUUUGAUCUACGAUUCAUUCUUUUUUAUUACAGACGAUAAUAAUACCAUAGAAGAAAAUAAAAUAUAUAAUAUAGUUAGUGAAAUAAUAUUGAAUUUAAUGGUAACAUUUUUGAGUCAAAUAUUAACAGUUUUGGCUGAUGAAAAUUAUUCAUUAGAGAAUGUACGGAGACCAAUCUCACAUCAUUCAACCCAUUUCUCCCACAUUACACAUUCGUCCAACAAACAUAAGUCACUACCAUAUUCAGGAAUAAAAGUGAAGAGUUACGGCGAUAUAAAUUUAUUAUUAAGAAAUGAUGCAAUGGCAAUUGCAUACUACACCUGCGCAAACUAUUACUUUGUUAGUGAAAAAAACGAACUUUUCCAUGCCAAGACUCUUUUUACAGUUUGUAUUUCAUUGUCAAGGUUAUUUAAUUUGGUUACAAAUAAGUAUUGUUGGGGGUCAAAUUCCGAUAAUUCACCCAGUAAAUCAUCUGAGUUGCAAAGUAACACAAAGACUAAAAGGGAUAAAAAUGGUACAAAAAGUGUGUAUGAAUGUGUUCCUAAAGAAAUGUGUGAAAAGCCAAUGGAGUAUUUGUUAUAUUAUUUGAAGAAAUCAUUCACGAUUUGGUUGAAAACAUUUGAUAAUUCUGACGAAUUCCAGCUGUUGUUUGUGUUUUACACCAGAGUGCUUUCAGAGGUAAAUGACCCCCUACUCAUAUCAGUCAUUUCAUCAUUCAUAACAUACUCCAAACGCCUGUUAACAUUGAAGCAGCAAUUAGAUAUUAUUACCUACGUGGUGGAUUUAGUUGAUAAAACAAAGUAUAAAAGGAAAUUACAGUUCUUUCUAUUCUUACAAGAUGUAAUUCAAUGUGAAAUUGUUAAACAAAAUGAUACAAUUAAUGGUAAAUCGGAUUAUAAAUUGGGUGAUGAGUUGGAAAUAGAAUUAAAUUUGUUAAUUAAUAAUGUAGUUAAGUAUAUGAAUAUGAACUUGGAAGACAAUAAGUUGAAAAUAAUUCCCCUAUUUGUUAAGAUGAAUUAUUAUAAAAACUGGUAUAAAAUUAAUAAUGCAAUAAUUAAUAAUGAGCUGUUAAGGUUAAAAUAUGAAAAAUCUGAUAAAAUCAUUGACAAAGUUAAAAGAGUUUUGUCGUUGAAAUUGUAUAAUAUAUUGAAUUGUAUACAGGAAUAUACUGUAAAAACUGAAAUCAACCAUUUAAUAAAAGAGUUGAAAAAUUAUGUAACAGAAUUUCAAAUUAAUCAUUUAAUAAUAUCACACAUUGUAGUUAAUACAAAAAGAAGCAAUUUUGUAGACAUUUAUUACGUUAGAAAAUUACACGAGAGUAGAGUGUUUUGCAGUGGAGGUUACGAAGAUAUAAAGUUGAAUUCUUUCCCAAUAGUUUAUUCACUAGAAUUAUCUAAAAGUGACUUGAACUUUAGAUACACAAAGGAAAAUCUGAAGAAAAUCACAGAAUCGAGUACCAAUGACCUUAAUUUUUACAUUAUUUGGGUUAAAAGGUGUAAAAUUCAACCAAAUUACACAACGAAAGGGUUUCAUGUAAACAAAAUAGUUAAAUCUAAAAUUAUAUCACAUAACAAUAAGUCAACAAUAGAUAGAGCACUUGUUACAAAUAGUUCAAUAAAAUAUGUAUACGAAGAUUUAAAAGAUAAUUUGGUAACAUAUACAAAUAAAUUAUUAAAGAUUGAAAUGAAAAUAACUAACCCUUUGCCGGUUGAUUUUGUCUUUAAGGAAGUGGAAUUGGUAGGAACUGGUGUUGAUUUUGAGACUGUUACAAGUGAUUUCGUGGUUCCAGCAUUUAGCAGAAAUUACGCCCAAACAGUUAAUAUCACAGUGAAGGAAGAGGGAAUUUUAUGUGUUCUGGGUGUUAAAUUUGUGCUCUAUGAUGUCCUAAAGUGUUUCCAGCUGUUGGCAAAUUUGGAAGAUUUGGACCCAAACGACUUUAUAAACACAUUUAAAUCAAGUAAAAUGGAGGAUAUUACAUCAUUUAUCAGAGAAUACAGUAUGAUAAAGAUGAACGCAGUGAAUGACUACAAUAAGUGUAAGAUUGAGCUGUUUUCCACAGAUUUUAAUGAUAAAAUGGAAUAUAUAACCUCACCCUCAGUGUUAUCAAGUACUCCAAACACCAUUCUAACGCCAAAAUCGAUUUCAUCAGGGAGAACUAUUUCAACUAAUACUAAUACAUCAAUUAGUACGAUGUCAGCAAAUAGUUUAUUAUCAACUACUAAUAAAGGGAUAUUAGGGAGAAGUGUAGAAGUGUGUAAAGAGGAGUUGUGUAUAGACUGCUCAAUAUUGGACCAGUUGAUGUCCAAUUUGUUAAAAUUUGUACCAAACUCUGAUAUGAUAGUUGGAGAGAAAAAAUUAAUUUACGUUAAAUUAAGUAACAAGAAUAGAAAUCAUUCAUUCGUAAAUAUAAAUGUAUCAAUACUACCACAUGUGGAUAGUAAGGAAAGGGAUAGUAAAUUGCAGGCUUUAACAGCUAAGGAUUAUAUUGAGUUUGAGCUUUUACAGCAGAAACUAAAGAAAAUUAACCAAAUCACGUAUUCCAGUCACGUGAAUCUGCUGUGUAAUCAUACGAUAAAACAGUCACUUGAACACAACAAUUUGGUUGAUGAAGAUAGGAUAGUUUUGUUGCCUGGAGAGUCCUUGUACCUACCGAUAAUAUAUGUGGCAAAUGAAGCCUUUUCAACAUUUGACGUUGUUUUUGACUAUGAAAUUUUUGAAUCAGAUGAGAACGGUGUGUGCGAUAAGUUGGACUUGAUGAGAGGAAGCGCGUUUAAAAGUGUUGAGUUUAGUGUGGAAACGGGGAUAAAAGUUGAGGAUUAUCAAUUUGUGCCAAUAGUACAUUUUAACCACAGAUUAUUUGCGGAUAAUAUCCACUUGUUCAAGGGAUAUUUCAGCAGUGCCACAGUGGAGAGUUUAUUGAAUUUUGAUGUAGAAUAUGAUAAUAAAUCGGUGAGAGCAUUUUUUAAAGUUAGAAAUGAGACGGAUAAAGUGUUUUCUUGUAAUAUCAAAAACAGACUUGAGUUCAUAUCAAAUCCAAACACAUCCAACAGGUGGUAUGUAGAUUUGAGAAAGUUGAGGUAUAAACGGGUUAAACAGAGAGGAAUCAGCGAAUUCUUUAAAUUAUUCAGACACAAUAUUGACUGGUCAUGUAACUCAAACAAGUUCGGUUCCAUUAAAUUAUUUCACAAAUCUGAACCAAACAUUGAGUACAAUUUUGUUAGUGAUAACGCCUUAGAGAAAGUAGAUGAGAAAAUAGAAUAUGGGAUGAAAAGGAAGAAUAAAGUAUUAAAAUGGUAUUUAAUGAAUAUGGAAAAGUUAAUUAAUAAUAAUAUGAAUGAUUUAAUCACCUCAAAACUAUCACUCAAGCUAUUGGUGAUGGUGGAUGAUAAAGUAAAUACUAGUGACAAAAGUGUUAAUAUAGAAGUAGGACAAUAUUUUACAGUGUGUGUUUUGGUAAAGAAUAAUAGCAACAAACCCAUAGAUGAUUACAAGGUUGUAAUUGUACCAUUUUCUAAUGAUUUGUAUACUAAUGUUCAAAGUUUGAAAUGGAGUGGAUCGUUGGAGCAAGUAGGAUUGAAACCCAUUAACGUUUCUGGGAAUUAUGGUAAUUACACCAACACACUUAAGAAAAUCAAUGGAGAUUUAAGAAGUGUUAAUGUGCUAGAUGGUAUGGAAGGAGAGAAUUGGGAAGGAUACAACAAAUAUGUAAAGGUUGGUGAGGUAGAUUUCGUGGCAAAACAGCCAUGUAAACUAGGAAUAAAUGCAGCUGUAAUUUUAAACCACAAAAGGAAAAUCUUGUGGCAUUACAAACACUAUAUUAUCAAUGUUAUGUAA